CACGCGGAGGGGGAGGGGUGCGGGGAAUUGGUAUGGCCGGACAGAAGUGGUGGAGUCUGCGGGAGUGAGUGGAGCAGGAGCAGCGCUGCCCGCCUCCGACAAAGGCAGGGAUGGAUGGUGACGGUUGGAGCGCCGCGUGAUUGGAAUCUUGACCCGGCUGUUGCAGUCGCCUCGCGCCGGUCCGCUCACUCUGAUUUUGCAGCCGUUUGGGGCCGCGGUUGGCGACCGCCCCCAACCUUCUCUCUCUUCCCCCCCCCCCCCCCAUCUCUCUCAUUUCACCUCUAAGGCAUCCGGACUGAAAAAGUGGGGGGAGGCGUCGCUUGGAGCACCAACGGGAGUUAUCCGUGAGUAGCCGCUGUCUGUGGACGGGUCUCCGCGCCCCUCUCUCCCUGUACGUUCGGGGAUGAAAUGAUCCGCUCCGACGUCUCUCUGAGCUGGGCUGAGAGCGCCUAAGUCUCGGCACCAUCUCCCAUCAUUAACGCCAUACAGCGAGAAGCGUCCCCCGCGGGCGGAGAAUCGGCGUGUCUUCAUCAGGAGGAGAGAGGAAAAAAAUGGGGGAGCAGCCCAUCUUCAGCACGCGAGCCCAUGUCUUCCAGAUUGAUCCUACCACAAAGAAGAACUGGGUGCCCACCAGCAAACAUGCGGUAACUGUGUCCUACUUCUAUGAUAAUACACGCAAUGUGUACAGGAUAAUCAGCCUUGAUGGGUCAAAGGCAAUAAUCAACAGCACAAUCACUCCAAACAUGACAUUCACAAAAACAUCUCAAAAGUUUGGUCAGUGGCCAGACAGUCGUGCAAACACUGUCUAUGGUCUCGGUUUUUCCUCAGAGCAUCAUCUAACUAAAUUUGCAGAAAAGUUCCAAGAAUUUAAAGAUGCAGCACGGAUAGCAAAAGAGAAAAUGCAGGAAAAAAUGGAAUUAACCAGUACGCCUUCACAGGAAUCUGCAGGAGGCGACUUGCAAUCACCUUUGACACCUGAGAGUAUCAAUGGGACGGAUGAUGAAAGAUCUAUUCAGGAUGUAACGCAAGACUCUGAUGCACGAGCUGAAAUUAACCAGAGUUCUCUGCCUUUCACUCACAGUACUACAAUUGGAAAGCAUUGGGAGUCUGAAUUGGCAACGUUAAAAACCAACAAUGCUAAACUUACAGCAGCACUACUGGAAUCUACAGCCAAUGUUAAACAGUGGAAGCAGCAGCUUACAGCUUACCAGGAUGAGGCAGAGCGACUACACAAACGAGUUUCUGAACUUGAAUGCCUGAGUGGUCAGGCAAAUGUGCUUAAGACACACAAAACUGAGUUGAAUAGGACAAUAGAAGAACUAGAGGCACAAAUGAAGGACAAAGAGGAGGAAAUUGAGCGACUGAAGAAGGAUAUUGAAGGAGCUAAGGAAUUGGAAACACAGAGGGACACUCUGUCACAGCAAUUACAGGAAGUAGAAACCCGCAAUCGAGACUUGGUGGAGCAAUUGGCAGACUUUGAGCAACGUCUGGAGAAGAGUCAGAAUGAGCAAGGGGUCUUCCGCAAUAACUUAAAAACACUUCUAGAAAUUCUAGAUGGGAAAAUUUUUGAACUAACAGAAUUACGAGAUAAUUUGGCAAAGUUAAUCGAAGGUAGCUAAAAUGAGAACCUCUGCAUCAGCUUUGUCAUCCAAAUACAGUACAUAUAAAGGCCAGAUUGAAAUCUAUCUUUCUUCACAGUGGAAGGAAUACUGUUGGCUCCCUUUAGCAUUCAGUAUCAGCAAAAGAUUUGCUUUGCGCUCUUUAUUUAGUGUUUUAUAUCCAUUACUUAAGGAGGAGCAAGCGUCUAAAAGCUAACUGCAAAUGAACAUUUCCCCAUAUAAUUCCCCUUUGAUUGCUAUGGUCAACAAUUUUGUAAAUUUAGGUUUUGAAACUCCCAUUAUUUCAUGAAUCUGCGUCAAAAUGUAUUGUAGGCAACUUGGAAAGAUCAAUGAUAGGACAAUUGAAGCCUUUUAAUUGCAAACAAAUGGAUUUUACUGAAUAAAAGAGACAGUAUCCCUUUAUACAGUUAUGUAAAGGCUGUUAAUAGUAACAUCCCCACCCUGUUUGCAUCUUAACCAAGUUUCAUUCAUUUUUGCUGUAAAAUUAUUAGAACAGUGAAAAAUGAUGCACUGAAAGAUGUAUUUAUUUAUGGGCUCCAAAGAAAUUCUUUAUAAGAAUGAUUUUUCAAUUUAUUAAGAACACUAAAUAGUUCUUUAACAAGGAUUAGAAAUGUUUGUGUGGUGUACAGUUUGAAUCUGAGAUAUACUCUGUGCAGGUCGAAAAAAGGGAUGAUGUCUCUUUAAAUAAAAGUGUCAGUUUAAUAUAACUGCUACCUUGUUAUUUACAAAACAUAUAUAUUGUGGUUUCCAAAGUAGUGCUGUUGCACUCGCCAUACAGACAUCUCAAAGUAAACUUAUGAAAAUCCAAAAAUGAAAUAUUGGGCAGAUGUUAGUUUUUAAGGUGUGUACUAUACAGCAAUAAUAGAAUGCUACUAUAAUUUUAAAAAUGUAUAAUUUAUUGAAAUGUGUUUUAUUCAGAGUAUUAUUUUAUUGUGCUCUUAAGUAAUUUAUAGGUUUGUAAGCAAACCUAAGUAAUGAUUAAUUGGUUAUUUUUCACAGCAUAUUUGAAAAGUGCAUUUUGGUUAAGGUUUAUGAAGCUUCUUGUACCUUGGAGAAUAAUUUACAUUUUUAAAAUGAAACUCUUGUUUCAGCGUUGGUGCUGUUAGGUCUGUGAAUUUUCAUUCUCUGAAGGCUCCAACAAAUAGUUGACUGAAAAACACAGCAGGAACAGAUUAUAAGUGAGAAAUCUAUUUACUAUACAUGCUAUAAGGGAUGUGAACAGUGGCUUACAAUGUACCUAUGAAUCUACAAUAAUAUGGUAGUCUUGGAGAGUUACACUUUUAAAUGUUUAUCAAGCUCUCUGAGAAGUUAUACUUAACCUAUAAGCGACUGAAAGUAUGGACUAAUGUUGCAAUAAUUGACAGAUUAGUUAAGACUACACUGGCAUGGAUCAUUUAAGAGAAGUCUCCAUUGCAAAUGAUCUGUAACAGAAAGAGAACCAGGAUGGUGAUAAAUAAUGAUUGAGUUGAGGAACCACAGAACUAAGCUGGUGAACAGAAGCGAAAAUAAAACUUUCAAAAUGUGAACGUGCUGCUAGAAUCGUAGUCUAGAAUAGAACUUGAUUGAGCCUGCUGAUGAGAUAUAUAUAUAUAUAAAAUAUAUAUAUAUAUAUUUUAAAAAUGACUUAAUUAUGAAUGUUUAUUUAAGAAAUGUUUGAAGAACAGAUUUCCUAACAUUGCAGUAAAACAAUGUAAAAUGUAAUUUCUGAAAAUCGUUUUCUCCCCCUCUUAGUCCCAUUAGUGAUUUAAUAUAGCUCAGUAAAGGAGUAGCUUUAUUCAGACAGAAAUGAACAUUUGGCACUUUCUGGAGCUUGAUUAUUGCUGAAUGAUCACUAACUUGAGGUGAAAACUAACUUCAUUGCAGUUGAAUCUCCUAAAGGAAGUGUAAAGAUUGUGUGAGAUAAACAGCAAAAUGUUUUGAAUAUAAAAAGCCUACAUAAAAGAUUCAUGAAGUCCUCCUUCUGGACAACCCACUCAUCUCAAAGUAAAUUGGAAUGGUUCCAGUUUGUUGCCAGUUUACUAAUAUGAACCCUAAUUAUCAAAAAUAUGAUUGCUUUUUACAACUAUUCAGAAAAUAAGAUUGUCCUUAAAUGGGAUAAUGAAAUAUUCAUCUGCCCCCUAGUGACUUUUUGGAUAUUUGUGUCAUCUCUCAUUCACUCAAUUUGGGGGUCAGAUCUGUUUUUCAUGUUUUUAAACUUUAUUGUUACACUGGGAUCAGGAAAUAUGACAGAGCCUUGACCCAAUACUGCAUGCUAAUGAAACAGAGGCCACUCUGUGUUUAUAGUUACAAUAAUUACAGUACAUUUAUUAGUGCAGCAAGGCUGCACUAAAUAGUUUUGUGUAGCAAGUUCAAAGAGGUUUGAUAAAGGGAAAAGGAGUUGCAACUUUGUUCUAUAGUUUGUUAGGGCAUUCUGCAGAACGAGCAUAAAUGAGCAUAAGUGAACUAUUUCACUUGGUUUUCAGAAGAUCGUGCCACUGGAGUUUCUCUGGCAUUUUGAGAUGUAAAUAAUUAAAUAUUGUUAACACUGCAAAGUCUAAUUUAUUUUCCAAUAUGUUGAAUCCUGAAGAAGAAUGCUCAGUGGCAUCUCAAACUGAUGUUUAAUUAAAGGUUGUAUCUGACUUUGCUAACCUGUCUAAUCUAAAUUACAUUGCUCACGUAUUUCCUUUCUCUUUUUUAUGUGUUUUGAGAACACUCAUCAAAACAGUGGAUUUAAACUACAGACACGCCUGUGCUUUUAUAGAUCCACAAAAAUCAAUUUGUACUUUCCAACGCAACUUCCUGGAGAUGCAGUGUGGGCGUAUUUGUUUGAAAGGCAGUGAGUUAAAGUAUUUUAAGACACAUGAAUAAUCUUUGAUUGUGUCUUAGGUUGGUAGCAUUCUUUUAAUCAUGUUACCAAAAUGUGACAACAGUUGCAUGUUGAAGUUUUGAGUUAAAUGGUGUUAUGCUUAGAUAAUUCUGUAUGGUGUUAACUUUGAACCAGAGUAAGUUGGUAGGGUUUUGAAGCACUUGGCAAUUGACAUAAUCAGCUUCAGGUCCUUCAUUAUGACAUGGAACAGGUGUGUUUGAAUGUUAUAAUUGAUAAGUAGGUGCAAAUCUAAUAAUGUAUAAUACAGAGCUCUCCUAAUCUGAGCAUGUACAGUAUGGUGGGUCAACGCUCAAGGCAAUUCUGUUGUUAUGCCACUAUUUAUGGUGUAACUGUAUUAUUUCUCAAUAUGUGGCUGGUCAACAGCUGUGCCAAAAUUGACAAACCCAGUGUCCUUUUUACAAAAACUGUCAGUGAUUCUUUUUUAUAUGUGAAUGUCUUUCCAAAUAUGGAGUCAUUGAUUUAUUGCAAUACUGUAAUAUUCUUAUGGUGUGUCUUAAGGUGGAUUUUAUGAUUUUAGAAUCCAUGUAAGCCCUUGUGCCAAAAGAACCUGUUUGUACUGUAUUAAAAACUGCAACAUUGCAGACUU